CCACGAGCAUAAAUUGGGAAAUUGGGAAAAGAACGCGAAAGGAAUGAAGAUACUCACGAUCAUCCAGAAUUCAAAUCUCCUGUGCAUCUUGCUGCUAUUCGUGUUUCUACUUCCCACUAGUCAAGCUAAUCCCGUCAAGAGUCGCUGCCUGCAGUUUGGCACAACUUCUACAACUAAUACGCAACAGCAAAAUGGACAAGAGUUUAUCGAUGACUACGAUAGUUACGACGAUCAACCAGAACCGUCGGAUGAACCGACAUUCGAUAAAAAUGUUUCUGCAAUCGUCACAUGCUCCCGAAAUGCCCCAUUUUGCUACACACUCUGGACAUUUGAUGCAGUUAAAAAUACUUCCCGCGUCGUGGCUCAAGGAUGUUGGGGAUCGUCGGAUGAUCAGGAAUCAUGCAACAGCGCGGAGUGUGUCAGCACUACGGAAACACCGACUAAACACUUUUUCUGUUGCUGCAGCGGGGACAAUUGCAACGGAAAUUUCAGCUAUUUACCCCCGCCGACUACAGCCGAUGGUUUGAGUGUGCGGGAGGAGAACGAAAACAUAACACCAUUCGCUCCUUAUACCUCGAUCUGGAGUUCGCCAACGGUGUACAUUUGCUUUGUGCUGGUCUUUAUAAUGCUGAUGGGCAUAAUCGGCUUCCUGAGCUGCCGCCAGCUGCCGAAGAAGGGUGUCGCUGAGCUAGAACAUAUGGAACCGUCCGGACCAGGAUACAGCUCGAAUCUCUACAACGUCGAUAACUUGAAACUCGUGUCCAUGAUUGGGCAGGGCAAAUAUGGCACCGUUUGGAAGGGUAUCGUCAAUGAACAACCUGUUGCGGUGAAGAUAUUUGCAGCUCAGCAUAGACAAUACUUUCUAAACGAACGUGAUAUCUACACUGUUCCACUGAUGGAAUCUCCAUCAUUGUUGACAUACUUUGGGUCGGACGAACGACGCACCAUGGACGACCGUAUCGAGUAUUUGCUAGUGCUCUCGCUGGCCCCACUAGGCUGUCUGCAAGACUGGCUGACGGAUAAUCGUGUGCCGUUUGGUACAUUCUGUCGAAUGGGUAAAUCGAUUGCAAACGGGCUGGCGCACUUGCACACCGAGAUCCGCAAAGGCGACCAGGUGAAACCUUGCAUCUGCCACCGGGAUCUAAACUCACGCAACAUCUUAGUCAAAUCGGACCUUACUUGCUGCAUUGGUGAUUUGGGAUUUGCGUUAAAAACGUUUGGCGCUCGAUAUGAAUAUAGAGGCGAAAUUGCACUGGCGGAAACGAAAAGCAUCAAUGAGGUCGGCACUGUUCGCUACAUGGCACCAGAAGUUUUGGAGGGUGCCGUCAAUCUGCGUGACUGUGAAUCCGCUCUCAAGCAGAUUGACGUAUAUACGCUGGCACUAGUGCUGUGGGAACUCGCGACCCGAUGCGAGGAUUUCUAUCCGGAUGGUACGACUGUACCGGAGUACCGUGCACCAUAUGAGGAAUACGUCGGUUCCAAUCCUAGCUUCGAACAGAUGCAGGUGUUAGUAUCGCGCAAUAAAGCCCGACCCACGUUUCCGCCGCACUUUGGCGCCAGUCUAGUAACGCAGAUUGUACGCGACACGUGCGAGGAUUGCUGGGAUCACGACGCAGAAGCCCGUCUGACGGCCAUGUGCGUGCAGGAGAGAUUACAGGAGAUCGCACAGAUAAAUCCUCAAGCGAGAAGCGUUCCAAUAAAAACCUGCGGCCAUGAUGAUGGUGUUACGAUGGAAAAGAACCAGCUGUACCACCUGGACAGUGACGGUGCAGCGAUAGUGGCGAUGAUGAGCCAGCACCAGCGGUACAGCCCUGAUGGAACUAUCGCAUUUAUGACGCCACCGAAUCAACAAAUCAUUCCAGCGCUUCUGCCGAAUGACUACCGGGAAGAUACAACAGGGUCGUACAAAUACGGUAAGCUGUCGAAUGGCAACGUGUCAUCGACGAACAGCGGAGCACCUUCGUCCCAGUCCGACGAGGAUGAGCAGGUUAUUCGCAAAGGGCAUGCGCCACUGAUGCAAAAAGAAACACUUCCUGACGUGAAGUGUUCUGGCAAGGGUUUGAGCAGUAGCGUUAAGGUGAUGCUACAGAAAACAUUCCACAAACAACAUGGCCAUUUAUCCGGUGGUAAUUCUCCUUGCGUACGUCACGCAUACGAUUUGCAGCAAAACUGCGAUGAAGGGGACGAUCGUUCCAACCUAGUAGUGGUAGUUGAGUCAAACGGCCAUGUGCAGUUGUCGCAGAAUGAUAUUGUUAUGAACCAGCAUAACAAUCUGCAACAGUUAGCAAACCCGCAAUCGUUGUGUUCAGUGGAGCGGCCAACGAAUCUUGAUCUCGGCGUUGGCAAGUACGACAACAAUUUGUUGCUACAUGAGCAACGCUCCAGCUCUUGUCUCGCCUCCACCAUCAUCGACUCUGAAAACGAACGAGAAAAUGCCGGUCAGUACGCGAAAACCCUUGCAGAUUUCACUCGACAAUCGUUUACCAUUCUCGAUGAGGUUGAUGGUGGUUCAGAAACGAGCGCCACCGUUACUAACGCCGACACUCGCCAGAACCUGCGCAUAGUUAUUUCAAAAUCAGCCAACGCUAUGCAUCCACAUAAAGGACUGCACUCUCGGCACAGCCUGGUGGCUUCAUCCUCGCCGCCGUUCCUGGACGAUCGCUCUCUGAAGCGGCAGCGCUCGCUUGAAGUAUUUCAGGAAGUGUUUGGUCCAAAAGGCAGCAUUGAGCGCCUGCGAAACCCGAGUCAACGCGUAAAAACCCCUGGUGACGUUCCCCCGUCGGUUCGAAAGGUGCGUGCCUCGAAAACUUUAUCGCUCUACGACGAUCGCAUGAUGACGGCGACGCCAGUGGUCGCUGGUAAUGGAAGCAGGCUGGCCAACUCCGUAUAGCACGAGGAGGUGCUAUUGUUGGAGCUGUAAAGCAACACAUGAACGUGUAAUGCUAGGCUUCAACGGCUAACAAGUAAUAUAUAGCACGGACAAAGGUUCUUUGUCAAAAAAGAACGGAAAGUUAGACAUUCCCUUCCGAAAUAUUGUCAUAUUCGUAUUGUUCAGGAUAUCCAGAGGGAGUAUCUCCUUGUAAGAAAUGCUGGAAGAGACCUAGUAAUACUAGCCAUUACACAGUCAUGUGUUUCAUAAAAAUCUGUAGUAGUAAUUAGGGCACCAGAGUUAGUUUUUUAUUGUUUCUCUCCAAUAACCGGCACGUCAAUGUACAAUUAUUGAUUUGACGAUCAUUUACGCGCAGUCAUUAUGAUGUGGUUUUUUAAUUGAGUUUGCAUUGAAUUUAUACUACGAAUGAAUGAAUGACUUGAAUUUACGUGCAAAU